UCUCCUGCUGCAUGUACCUUACAGCUCGACUGUAACAUCUCUACAGCAGGGAUGGCGAACUCGAACAAAUCUUCCGCCGACAUUUCUCACGUGUUCAGGGGAACCUUUGUCCACUCGACCCCGCAGACAGCGGUGCAGGUCCUGGAAGAUGCGCUCCUCGGUGUGGAUACAGAAGGAAAGAUUGCUUUCAUGGGAAAAGGCUCAGAAGUAGAAAGACUGUCUCAGACCUUUGGAUUCAGUGCGUCUGACAUCACCCAGCUGGCCCAACAUGAGUUCUUUAUGCCGGGACUCGUGGACACACACAUCCAUGCUUCACAGUACAGCUUCGCUGGCACAGCUCUGGACAUGCCCUUACUACAGUGGCUCAAUACCUACACAUUUCCCGUGGAGUCACAGUUUAAGGAUCUGGACUUUGCCAACAAAGUCUACACACAAGUGGUGAGACGAACGCUGAGAAACGGUACAACAACUGCAUGUUACCAUGCCACCAUCCACACUGAUGCCUCGCUGCUGCUGGGACAGAUCGCAAAUGACUUUGGACAGCGUGCCUUGGUGGGAAAAGUAUGCAUGGACAGAAACAAUGCUGUGAAACAUUACAAAGAAACCAGUCAGGAGUCUCAGGAGGAAACCUGCAGGUUCAUUGCAGAGCUCUUGAACAAAAAGUACCCUCGGGUGAAGCCGGUAGUGACUCCCCGAUUCGCCCCAUCCUGCACGGGAGCUUUACUAGGACAGCUGGGAGCAAUCGCUAAGAAUAACAACCUGCACAUUCAGAGUCAUAUCAGUGAAAAUGUAGAGGAGGUGAAGCUUGUACAAGAGCUGUUUCCUGAUUCUGAGUCUUACACAGACAUCUACCACAAAUACAACCUGCUCACUGACAAGACAGUGAUGGCUCAUGGCUGCCACCUCACUGAUGAAGAGCUGACAGUGUUCAGAGAGACUGGAGCUUCUUUGUCUCACUGUCCUAACUCCAACAUUUCGUUGUGCAGUGGAAUUUUGGACGUCCGCAACGUCCUCAAACACAAAGUGAAGUUGGGUCUGGGAACAGACGUUGCUGGAGGUUACUCAGCCUCCAUGCUGGAUGCCAUAAGGAGAGCUCUGGACUCGUCCAAAGUGUUGACAAUCCAGGACCCAGACUAUGAAACGCUCACCUUUGAGGAGGUGUUCAGACUUGCUACACUGGGAGGCAGCCAAGCCUUGUCGAUGGAUGACCAGACAGGAAACUUUGAAGAGGGCAAGGACUUUGACGCUCUGAGAGUGAACGUCGCUGCUCCCGGUGGACCCAUAGACCUGAUCCAGUGUGAUGAUCCAAAGAUUCUUUUGGAAAAGUUCUUGAAUUUAGGCGAUGAUCGAAACAUUGUGGAGGUGUUUGUUGCCGGGAGGAAAGUGGUGCCUUUCGCAGACAAAACAGCAGAGUAAACACUUUCAUCCUCAGAAGACUUUUAGCCACCUCGCUGUCUAAAACAAAGAACCUCAAAGAGGAUUUUAAAAAUAAAACCCAGCAGAAAUUUGACUAUCACAGCACAAGAACAAUCUGCUGGAAACGACCUAAUGCUGCAUGGAUUUAGCUGCUUCUUUGAUGCUAUUAUUGCAAACAUUUGACUGUUUCUGAAUCAGAAGGCUUGUUUAAUGAGGUUCAGUGAAGGUCAUGAUAGAUUGUGGUCAGCUGUGUGCAAAUUCUGUCUCCUCCAAGCCUUAUGGCUGAUUAUAGGAUUUAACACGGGAAAUAAGGGACUGAACAAGCGCUGUGAACCUUCUGAUUUGUCUCUUGGUAAUUUAAGAUAGAUGGCUAGUUGCUUAUUGAACACAUCUGAACAACAAGAUGCCUUUUAUGUCCUCUUUGUAUGUUUGCAGAAUACUGCAAAAACUUCUAUCUAAGCAAUCUAUUUGUCUAACUUGUUGUCAAGCAUAUUUCACUGCAUUUAUUUAAGCCACAUGUCCAGAAAAACAUUUUUUUUCAAAAUAUCAUACUCAAGAAAUAAGACUUGAAUCACCUGUUAAAGUCAAAAACAUUUACCAGUGGGGUAAACUAAUUUCACUUGAUUGUCUUGAAAUGAGAUGCAGAUGCUCAAAUACAAUGCAGACAGCCCCAUUGGCAAAUAGGGGACUGUAGGACUGUAGGACUGUCUGCAUUAUUGUGUUAAUCCAGAUAUAAUUAAGGUCUGGAAUUAACACAAAUACACUGUCAUUCAUCACAUCCUAUUUGGUGUACUGUAGUUAAGUUCCUGUAGCGGGACAGCAGCUGGAUGCUGCUGACUAAAGCAUCGUCCUGCUCCAGAGUGAUGGAAAAGAAGGACAUUGCAUUGAAUGUCUCAGAGGACAAAUCAAAUAUACUUUUCAUCUUCUUUUUUUUAACCAUUCUCUUUAGCUAUUUUUAUUUACUUCAUCUAUUCCUUUCAAAAUAAAAGCAGGUUUUUAACUAAACAUAGAAGUACUCAUAGCUAAAAAAAAAAAAAUAAAAGAACAGGAAAGAAUAAGAAAGAAAAGUUUCUUGAUGCAGUUUCUUAUUUUCAUAAUUAACCUUAACUGUGUUGUGUGCACAUGCUGUUGCAUUGACUGGGAAUCACAGGACCUCAGUGAUUCUGUACGUGCACUCCUGCAAAUAGCUGAACAGUUUUAAACCCUGCAUUGCAUUGAAUGCAUAUUUCAAUGCUGUCUCCUACCUGUAAGUGAUGGUUUCUAACCACACUAGUGUAGCAGUACAGGUCAGGUCAGGUUAGGAGCAUAUACUGGUUCAGCACUUUGCCACGUCAACCUUGGUCCUGUACUGCUCUGGCCUUCUCAUGGCCAUCCUCCAGGCCUGUGCCAGGCCCAUGUCCCAUUUCCCCAGGUAGCCUCCCAACUGCCCCCUACACAAAGCAUGCGGUCGUCCCCAGCCGCCCCUGGCAUCUGGACCAGACCCCGAAACCAGAAAAGCGUGCCAGGUGCCAUUCUUGUAUCAGGCAGCUGACCCCUCCCAUCCCUGCUCUCCUUAGCAUGUCAGCAUUAGACACAUGAUCUAUUCAACGAAACCCAAAGACAUACCAUGAAGAGGUUGUCACAAAGGAGUCCAGCCAGCGCCCCUCGUCGUCAGCCAAUGUCCUAAGAUACCGGAUGCCACUCCAUAGUAAAAACAUUGCCCCGUUAGCAGUACAGCACUACUUUAAAUAAUUAGUGGAAAUUUGGGAUCCCAAUGCCUUUGCAUUCAUUUGAUUCAUAAAUUGACUGAUAAGGAUUGCUUCAUAUUGUCAAUUUUGACAAAAAAAAAAUAGUUUUAUAUGCGGAGUAAUUAUUAAAUGUGAUGAAACUUGAGUAAGCGUGAUAACCUCCUAAAAUUCAGUGAUAAAUCACAAUUUUGAAAAAGUUUUGAUCAAAUGAAAAACAGACCGUAUUUUUUGCUUUGAUUUCUUGAAAUAAAGUUUCUCUGGAUUUGUCAUGUGACUGUGGCCUAAAAAAUUCGCAAUAAGAUAUUGUUGACAAAAAAUUAUACAAGUAUCCUUACUUGGGUUUGAUUUUUUUGUGUUUUUGCUCAAAAUGCUCCUUUAAAUUUGCCAGAAUUAACUCGCAUAAAGCACUUGUUGGCUCUGGAGUGUGUGCUAUAUCAUAUUUUCCAUUUCAUUUUAUUUUGAUAUAAAAGUGUGCUCCCAUCAGAAAUUGAAACAGAACAAUGCUUCACGAGGUUAAGUCCGGUGUGAAUGUGGGACUUUGUGCCCGUGUUGUAAAUCUGCUCAGUGGAGCUGCAGCGCCUGACCUUAAUAACCCUCAAUGAUCUCACUUUCAUGCCUGUGUAGUUACACUUGUUUUAUGAUCAGAAGAAUGAUCUUUUACUCAUGACUUAUUUGGUUGUAAACACAGUUCACUCCAAUGUGUAAAGUAAUGUAAUCGCUGUAUUCUAAUCUCUUUAGUUUCAUUUGAUCCCAGUAAGCUUUCUGUGCAUUAAAACAGGUUACACAGGGAACAAUGAAAUCUUAAAAAUGGCAUUCCAGAAGAUGUUUAUACUGAUAAACACUCUGACAAAGUAAAAAUGCACUUUAGCAGGUGCCUUGAACAGAAGCCACGAGCAGACAGACAUUCAUACAUUUAAUUUUAUUCAGUCUUUCUGUGAAAUUGAGUAAAUUUUGUUUGUAUAAUAUCUUGACCUUUCUUUUGUAGUCUUGGGAUAACAGCACUGGUUUUCUCAGAAUAAUGACUUGAAUUCAUGUUUUGCUGAGAUCCAGAGAAAAGCCUGUCACAGAAACAUGGAGUGAAUUAAUUAUGUGGACAUAUUUUGUAUGUUUUUAUUGGCUUCUGCUCAUUAUAGGAAUCGGUUAGCUUUUUAGUAGUUGUACAGCUGAGAUUGUUGAUUCCUUUUUCUGCUGGAUAUUGUGUUUUCUCUCUCAAUACAACAAUGUAUUUUUAAACUUAAAUUAUAAUCAGUUUAAUCCGUCUUAUGACGCUUUUCUAAAUAAAGGGAAAUUGAAUGCACUGAUUGCAGAGAAUAUGCUUGUGUUCAUGAAUUAAAAUGUAUUUAACACUUUUUUUGUCUUUGUAGCGAAAUAAACUAAUUUUUAUUACAAAAUGUCUCUCUCUGACAGCACAUUUUAAAUGUAAAAUAGUUUUCUUUGUAUUCUGUGAUGUGUAAAGUCAUCAGAGAAUGAAAUAAAGGACACCGUUUUAUCUG